AUGAAAAAAUAUUGGUUUUGCAUUUCAUCUUUUUGUUUAUUCUUUAAUGUAUUAAUAUUAAAAUGUAAAGAAAUAGAAAACAAGAACCUUAAAGUUUUCCCCCCACGUAAAAAUGACAGCAACUCAGUAAUUGCUUUUAAAAACAGAGAAGCGGAAGGAAAACAUGAUGUUAAAAUUAAUAGCGCUCUUAAUUACAAUGAACAUUCAUUUUUAUCGUUAAAGGCUAGUUCUAUAUUUAACCAGUAUUAUGUAGCCAAGUUGAUCAAUACUAUAUUAUAUAGGGGACUGAUGAAACAGGGAAAUUUCCACAAGAAUGUUGCUAUAUAUGAAUCCCUCUCUCGUACUAACUAUUUUUUUUAUUUAACAGUGUUAAAUAAGAAAAAUGUUAAAAGUAUAGUUAAGUUAAUAUCUAGGGCGCAUGAGUCAAAGAAAAAGCACGAUGUAUUCAGGAAACAGCUAAUGACCUAUUUUGAUUGUCCACAUUUUGAAAUAGAUGACUCUUUAAAAAAUGAAAUGGAUCACGCCCUUCUAAUAUACAAAAAAGCGAAAUCUGAUGCUUACUGGGGUAUGGUGGAUGCAUUAAAAAGUGAUGGUCUUUUAUUGGCAAGAACAUUUAUGUCAGUAUCAUUCGUUCAAAGUCUCAGAGGAAUUAUUGGAGUUAUAAAUCACGAACUCAUAGAUCUUUGUUUUUCAAAUGCUUAUCUAUACAAUAACAUAGCAUCUUUUGAUAAACUAAUAAUGAAUAAUACUUUCGGGGUUAUCAUGUCUUAUGUUUUUAAAUCAUUUUUAUUAUUUUUUUAUCCACUAGUUAUACCAUUCCGUGGAGCUUUUGCCUUUGCCUUAUCAUCCUUUUGUAUUACUCAAUUGAGUAAAAUAGUCUUCUUAGUUUAUAGAAAUAUUAGACGCCUGGUUCGAAUAUCCUACAGAAAGUUGUAUAAUCACAUUUUAAAGAUCAACGUAAUGAAGUACCCAGAACUUCAGCCCUAUGCCUCGAAACUUCUAUAUGGAGACGCCUUAAUUUUGGUUUCUAAGAUUUGGAAAUUAUCUUAUGUAAAUGUUACUCAACAUUUGAGUGGAAAAAAUUUAACCCCCAUUUUGAACAACUUAUUUGAGAAAAAUAUGGGUACAGGAUUCUUUGAAUUUAGUAAUUCUUUGUUUAAAUAUGUGAUAGACUCUAUGGAAAACAUGAACAUUAUAAGUACAAAGGAAGCUAACCUCGAUAAGGAACCCCAAUUCAACACAUCAACAUUCAAAAAAAUCCUGAUGAUUCUUAAGAUCACAAGAAAAGUACUUUAUUAUGAAGAAUCAUACCUGCGAUUAGCAGUUGCAAAUUUAUUAGCAAAAAUUUACACACUCCUUUAUGUGAACAUAAAUUACAUCAGUAAAAUGCCGCCUAAGGAAUUUUUUCACACAGAUGUAGAAUCAGAAUUUAGAUACAUCUAUGAGGAUCAAAUGUAUGAAUUAUAUUUACAAAGAAUUUCUUCUGAUAUUAUUAGGAAACCAUUUAUAAAAAGAAAUAUUAAAAGAAUCAAUAAAGGUAGCAUUGAAUUUACCUUGUCCCUUAUUAAGAUAAGACUUCUUCAUUAUAAGCCAUCCCUUAAAUUUCCCUAUACGAGUUUAUAUUUUGAUGAACAGCUAAAAAAACAAUUAAAUGCUGCAAUGAAAUUAAUAAUAGUGGGUUCAACAGGAAUUAUCGCAAAUCUAGUAAAUUUUGGUGAAAAAUAUAAUGUUCUUAAAAAAGAUACUUUGGAAAUAGAUAAAAAUCUAAAUCAGAUAAAUUCAUACAACGAUUUUGAAGUAAAAAAAUCAUUAUUCCCAUUGAAUAUUUUUAUUAAUCUGUUAAUUCCUCUCUUUUUAAAUUAUAAUGAUAUAUUGGUAAGUAACGAUAUAAUAGAUAAUCUAGUUAACUUUUUUAAAGUUAUUCUAGAUUCUAAAGAUUUAUGUUUAUAUGAUCAUUUAAAAAAUGUUGUAGAUAUUAUAAAAAAAUCAGAAAAUGUCGAUUUAGCAGAAUUAAAUUAUAGCGAAGAAAUUGAGAAAAUUAUUAUUAAAGAAAUUCAUACAGUAAUAGACGAAGUAAACACUGAUAAAAAAAAUUCCCUAGUUUUUAGUAGUUAUUCUAUGAAAAAUAAUGAUUUAUAUUUACACAAUAAAGAUGGUUUCCUAUUUAAAUUCUUAUUUGAUGAUAAAAACAAAAAAGAUACUUUUUCAAGAUUAGUACAUAUGAAAGAUUAUAGAAAUCCUUUAUCUUUUCAAGUCCCUUAUAUUAAAUUUGAACCUUCAAACAGUAACAAUGGAAAACUCGUUGUAGGAUCUUAUUUUAACACAUUUGAAGGAAAAUUGAGUGGUUGUUAUAUGUGUCUAAAGGAAGAUGAUGAUGUUUUGGUAGUUGAUUUAAUUUAUCACGUUCUAUGGGCUUCAGGAGUUGAUCGUUUUAGCGCACAUAUUCUGUCCUCCAUGGUUGGGGCCGUUAAGCAAUACUUCUACCGAGGAGUAUCAUGGAAUAGAGCAUUAUUAAAUAUGGGUCCUACUGAGUUCUAUGAGGUGCAUAGUAUAUUCAUGGAAAAAUCACGUCAAGCUAAGGAUAGAUCUGAAAAUAUUUUUAUAAGACGUGUUCAAAAAUACAGAUUUAAUCUGAACCAGAGAACAUUCUCUAAAAUGUUUAAAAUAUUUUUAGAAAAUGUUUUAAAUAAGGCAAACUUUUUCAACACAGAAGAAGCUACUAUUAUUGUUGUAAUGUCUUCAUUAUAUUCUAUUUAUAAAAAUAUUGAAAAACAUGAAAUACCAAUAAGUGAAACAUAUAAAUUAUAUCAACAAAAACUGAUAGAAGUUUAUUACCCAGUCACUGAAUAUGCUCAUAAUUAUGAGUCCUAUACGAUGAAUUUACUCAAAGAGAAGAAAAAGGAAUAUGAAAAUGAAGACAAAAAUGAUGAUAAGAAUGAGAAUAUUAAGAAAAAGGAGAUAAUGGGUGAAAAAGAACAGGAGCAAAUAAAUGUAGAGAAAGAAAAUGAAAAGCCAUUUCAACUUCCAAUUAAUGAUGAACUUGUUCAGAACACAAAAUAUUUACUGCAAGAAGCAGAAUCAAGAGAAGAAGAAAGGAAUAAAGUUAUAGAGGAAAUAGAAUCAAAACAUGGAAUAAUACCGAACAAAGAAAAAUUUCCACAUUUACCAGCAAAAUGCAUGUUCCUUUUAUACUAUGAUUUUAAUUCCUUUAUAAAAGAUAAUGUAAAAGGUAUAGGAGAAGUUAUUAAUAAUAUAACAGGAAAUACCAUUGAUAUGAAGAAUGUAAGGAAUAUUAACCUUGUACAAAAUGAGAAAACAAAAUAUGCAGCAAUUCAAGAGAAAAAUUUGAUAAAAAUUUUGUGUGGUACACAUUUAUUUUUUAAAAAAGAGAAUGUAUCCAUUGAAGACAUGUUCAAAUUGUUUUAUUCAAACGAGGCUGUUAAACAUUUGCUAUUAAUAAUGUCAUUAUUAAGAAUAGAAAAAAAAGAUAAUAAAUACUCUUGGAAAAAAUACUUAACUUUAGAAAAAUUCUUAGAUGAAAGGAAAAAAUUUUAUAAAACACCCAUGAAAUAUUUAUACUUAAAACUAUUAAAUGUGAAGAGACUUUUUGGUUUUACAAAAAGAAAAGUGUUAAUGUCAUUAGGAAAACGAGUUAAAGGAAGUAGAUUAUUAAAUAUAAUGCGAUACACGAAUUUUUUUGAAAUUCUAGAAAAAGCUGAAUCUCUUAAUGCCAUAUAUCCAUCAGUAUACAUAAAAUUGGAGGACAUAUUAAUUUUUUCUAAUGUAUUCCACAAGUUUAAAUAUCCUAUUAUAAGAUAUACAUAUAGUCAAGAAAAUGUUCGAAUCAUGUUAAACAAUUUCAAGCUAGCUCCAAAUACAUCUAUAAAAAAUGAAAAACUUGUAUUACGAAUUUAUAGAAUUAUAAGUUUAAUACUUCAAAAAAAAUAUAAUUAUGAUUUAUCUGAACUACGAAAAGAUGAAAAAUAUUUUGAAAUUUAUGCAGAAAAUAAAAGUGAACAUAUAUUAAAUCAAAUAAAGAUGAACCCAAUGAUUGAUCAAUAUUUGCACCAAUUAAUUGGAUUCUUAAAACUAUUAACAGACAUGAGAUUUACCAACUUUUUAUUUUUAAGAAACUUCUACAUUUUCAUAAAAUUUUAUGCUGUAACAGGAGAUUUAGCAUAUUCUAUGGAUAGCUCACUCUUCUACUUAGCCAGUAGAAAUUAUUUAAACUUUAUCCUAAAUUCAAUAAUAGAAUUUGAAAAUUUUAAAAAAUUUAUGCAAAAAUUGAAAAUGACUAAUAACAUUAAAAUAUAUCCAAUAGAUCAUUUUAAUUUUCACACGGAAUGUUAUGCAGUUGAUAAUAUAAAAACAUAUGUCUUUGUACCAGAGGAUAAAGAAAAAAUUAAUCGAUACUAUGAAAUUAUAUCUUAUGAUAUUAACAACUUUUAUAAAAAUUAUUUAUUAAUAGAUUUAUUUUAUGAUGAUUUAGGAAUCAAUAAUUUAGAUACAUAUUACCAAAAAAUUAAUGACACUUCCAAUUAUAACACAGGACGAAACUCAGAUAUAUAUAUUCGUGGUGGUAAAAAGAGCAACAGAACCAUUCCAAAUAGUUAUGCGGACGCCUUAAAUGAAACAAUGCAGAAUUAUAUUUACCUAGAAAAAUUCUUAGAUAAAACAAAUAUUCCAUCUAUUCCAUUUACGGAUUUUACUUUUUCACAUGAUGAAAAUGGAAUCAAUUUUAAUUUUACCAAUAAAGCCACCACCCCACCUUUUUAUAAAGAAAAUAUUCUCGAUCAAUUUUAUAUUAUUGCAAAAUCAAUCAUAGGUAAUUACUAUCAAAAAAUUCAGUGUUCAUUUGUUACAUACCCUUUUAAUUUAUAUUAUUGGCUAAUCUUAAAUCCAGGAAAGCCUUAUGUACAAAAUGUUAGUGAUAUUGGAUUGGUAAAGGAAGAUGAUUUAAAACCAAAAACACAAGAGGAAAAAAUCCUAGAAGAGCAAAACAUAGAUGAAAAAUUGAUAGAAGAUCUUUUGAAUGAAGAAGUAGGAGAAGAGGAAGAUAAACUAGAAGACUACGAUUUGAUGACGGACAGUACUUCUUCUGGUUUGGACAGCUCAGAUUCAGAAUUUGAAAGUGGUGAUCUAGAUGCUCUAAUGAAUAAAAAAACAGAAGGAGUGGCCCAAUCGGAUGAAGACACCUUGUCGUAUGUAAGUGCAGUUUCAGAUUUGCCAAAAGACUCUUUUGAAAGUCUAACAACUGGAGCUUCUACCAAUACAUUGGAGAAUGCAGCAUCGAGUACUACCAUCACAUCUAGUGGAAGUGGUGGUACAUCUGAUACAAGCACUAUAACUGGGUCAAACAAUUCAAUGAGUUCUAUCGAAACUUCCAAAACGGGAGAUGCAGCAUAUAGUUACGAACAAAUCUACAGUGAAAAGGAAGAACAGAAUCCAGAGGAUGAUUUGAUGUCUGAGACAUUCGAAAAGGAAAAAGGAUUUGAAAUGCAACUCAGUAAUGAUGAAACAAACAACGUAAGUUUUUUGCAAAAGAAAGAAUUGAAUCCACUUCCAUUAACCUCAGUAAUGGUAGAUGAAAGGAAUAAAGGUCUAAAUAAAGAAAAAUAUGGAUAUUUUAAUAGACCAUAUAAUAUGUAUGUUAAUAAGGCUAAUGCUUAUAGAAAUUUCCACGUCAUAAUGAAAAUAGUACAUGCCAUAAUUUCAUUAAACAAAUUUUCUGUUGUUUCUCCAAAUGAUAUUAUAAAAAAAGGGUUAAAAAUAAUGAAGGGAAAAAAUAAAUUCUUAAUGAAUCACCAUUUAAAUCCAUUUAUUAAUAAAAUGUUGUUAGAUAUUAACCAAUCUGUGCAAAAAUUAAAGUCAAGCAGUGAAAAAGGAUUUAUAGGAACCAAGAGAAAUAUAUUUUCUUUAUACAGAAUAGUAGAAUUUCAAUUAUUCAAUGAAUUCUUAAUAUACCCACCUUUAAAAAGAUUAACAGAACGAGAACUAAGAUACGUUUUACAAGUUAUAAAUGAAGGUUAUUAUUAUCAUGUCAUGAAAGUAAAAUCAAAAUUAACUAAGGAAAAUGUUGUAAAAGAUAAAAUUGUGAAUAUUCUCAACACAUUCGAGGAAUAUAGAAAUCUUUUUGAUGAUGAUACUAUAAAUCGAUUUUAUGAGAUGUUUGAGGAAUCAUUUCGAUGUGUAGAUAUAAAAUGUUUUCACCACUUAUUUAGCAACUUUGUUACAUAUCGUUAUAAUAAUAUAGUAAUGCAAGUAACAAAUAACGAUGAAACAUUUAAUGUAUUAGGAGAAAUAUUUAAAGAUCCAUCUGUAUUAAAUGAUGUUCGUGUAGAAGUUCAUGAGACUUAUAUAGAACCAUCUAGGAGACAAGAUAUAUAUAAAAAUUUUAAACUUGAAAGCGAUGUUAUUUUAUACCCAAAAUUAACAUAUAACGAAUUUGCAUUCAGUUCAUUAGAAUUGUCGAAAAAAAUAGAUAUCUGGAAUUCCAUGCAUACAUUAUUUAAUAUAAAACAUCUAUAUAUCAAUGUUGCAUAUUUAUUACUGGGUUUUAAGUACAAGCUUAAGCGUUCUCAUAGGAUUUUCCUUCACACAUUUAAGUUCUUUGGGUGGCUCAGGAAAAAUAAAAAUAGUGAAAUAUAUAUUCCAUGA